GACCAUGGCUACCGACUUCAAGUCCAUAUCUGAGCCUGAGCUUUUGUCCCAGACCUGCUACUCUGAUCGAUACACCAACCUCGCUGAUUCUCUCUUUCUCCCUCCUUCUCUCUCUCUCUCUCUGUCUCUCUCUCGCUUCCCUUUUCUACGUAUAUGCGCGUACUAAACCCCUACCAUUCUCUUUGUAUUUCCACGAGGUUUCCCUUCAUUCGUCACCCUUUCUCGUUUCCAACUUUUUCCCCCCAUGACACUGUUGUCUCGCGACCCACAUUGUUUUUAUCUUUUCUGUCUUUUCUAGUAUCAUAUUAUUCCUUCUUUCUAUUCUCGCACGCACAUUCAAUCAUUUAUUCAUUCACUCAUUCUCUCACUCCUCUACCCUUCUAUACAUAUAUAUGUAUGUAUAUAUAUAUGUAAUAAGAAAAACGAUCGCAGUUAAGGAACCGCAAGGCGGCGCAAGAAACAGAGUUUUCCGGUUUACCUUGAAACUGGCGCGUGACCGAGUAGAGUCCAGUUGUUUGCAUUUGCGCGUGAAGUGAAUUAGUCGUCUCACGAUACGUAACGGCGUAUGCAAGCGUAUCGUUAGCGACCCGUUCGCGUUGCUACACGUAAUCAUGAGUAUUUGUGUUGUAUUUGUGUUCCCGCGAGAAAUAGUGGAUCGGUAGAGCUGGUAAAACCGAACACGUUCCAUUGUUACCGAGGGUAAAAAAGUGCUGUGACAAAAUCUCGACAACACCUUGGAUACCGAAGUGGCGCAAAAGUGUAUAAAGUUUCAAGUUUCGUUUUGAGAUUCUGAUCUGAGAAAGAUAAGAACAAGGAGGAGCGUAAGAGGGUGAGAAAAAAGAAAGGAAAAGGAAGAAGGAAAGUGAAGGAGAGAGGGAGGUGGGGGAGAGGGAAGUGGAUGGAGAAGGAAAGAGAAAAGAGAAAUGCAACGGACAAGAAAGAGAAGAGAAUACGAUGCGGAGUGUUCGAGACGAUAUAUAGAAUAGCCGCGGUUGAAGGCAUGAACGAGAUUGGCGAAAACAAAGAUGCGGUCUAAGCAAACGUCAAGGAGCAAAAAGGAAACGAGAAAGUUUAAAGUAUUUUAUCGUUGCUCGUGCUGCUUCUGUGUCGAGUAGCUCGCUAUUUCUCUCUUCUUCUCUUACGAUAUUCCACCGCUUCGUAAGAAGGAGAUAUCGCAGUUAACUUGCUCACGGAUAUCCGCAUUGUUUCGCGUCAACCAGCUAACUCAGCUGACCUAUAUUGGCUAGGUACCAAGCAAAAUGAAAUAUCGAGCCACUCGAUGUUCAUCUGCGGAAAAUCACUCGCGAUUCCUACAGAGAGACUCGUCGUCGUCGUCGUCAUCGCCGUCGUCGUCGUCGUCGUCGUCGUCGUCGUCGUCAACAUCGUCAUCGUCGCUAUCAAAACCGAUUUCGUCGAAAUGAGGGACCAUCCGUCGCGCCUUUUCUCCGAUACGAGACCGGACGCGUAGAAAUGCCAGAAUGAGAGGAGUGGCGUUUCUGGGGACGAUCAGAUCGGUUCGCGGAACUUUCCUGAGGACGCUCGUCUUCGUCUUCAUGGCAACGUUCCUGUGGCUUCAAAUCCAUGUGAUCAGCCUGACCGGUCGAGACUCCUCUGGACAAGCUUCGUCGAACGAGACGCUGUUCGCCCUCGUACCGCAAGAAUUACAUAGGUUUCUGAAAGAUCGUCGAAAUGGUUCUUCCUCGACGUUAAUGAACGCAAGCACGGAAAUGUUAACCGAGUUCGAAAUAACGGAAAUUCGUCGUAACAUAGAAAAAGCGAACAACGAGCAAAGAGUGUACAACGAGGAGUCGUUCGGUCCGUUGGCUAGCGACGCUCCUAUAAUAGUGAUUCAGGUGCACACGAGACUCACCUACCUCAGACACCUGAUAGUGUCGUUGGCCCAAGCGAAAGGGAUCGAGCAAACCCUUCUGGUCUUCAGUCACGACGUCUGGCAUCCGGACAUCAAUUAUCUCGUACAGAGUGUCGACUUUUGUCGCGUCAUGCAAAUAUUUUAUCCCCACAGCAUACAAACUCAUCCACGAAGUUUUCCAGGCGAAGAUCCGAACGAUUGUCCUCGAAACAUACGAAAAGAACAAGCUCUCAAUCUUGGUUGCAUCAAUGCCAAGCAUCCGGAUCUGUAUGGACACUAUAGAGAAGCAAAAUUUACGCAGACGAAACAUCAUUGGUGGUGGAAAGCAAAUCGCGUCUUCGAUCAAUUGUCCAUUACCAAGAAUCAUACCGGUAUGGUUCUCUUUCUCGAGGAGGAUCAUUACGUUGCCGAGGAUUUCCUACACGUUCUUAGGCUGAUGGAACGUACCUGUAAACACACCUGUAAAAGAUGCAACGUCCUAUCCUUGGGCACCUAUCUCAAAACUUAUAAUUAUUUUGCCGACUUCAGCCGAAAGUUCCUUGGCGUCAACAGCGCCCUCCAAAAGGAGCUACUACGUGGAUUAAAGAGAUGGGAGACAUCGACGAGGCAACAUUCAGCAAAAGCCGAAGACAUCGUUGGCAGCGGCGGUGGAAGAAUCGGUAUAUUUCCGAGCACCAGCAGCAGUGGCAGCAGCAGCAGCAGUACCAGCAGCACCAGCAAUAGCACUCCUACGGGAAUGAGCAACGGCAGGAACAACACCGUUACUGGAAAUAGCAUCAAUAGCAGCACUGGUGCUGCCGCCUUCGUGUCCGUCGCACGGAACGUACAGACAAUGCAAUCCGCCUCUGCAUGGGCUUUCCAGCUCCUACCCGAACUCUACAAUCAUUAUCAAAAGGCUGAAGUGAUCCCUUGGAUCUCGAGCAAGCAUAACAUGGGUAUGGCGUUCAAUCGUGUCACGUGGAACAAAUUGAGAAAGUGUGCCGCUCAAUUUUGCUCGUACGAUGAUUACAAUUGGGAUUGGAGCCUUCAACAUAUCGCGCAAACCUGUCUGCCUCCUAGUAAAGGACCUGGAAUCGCGCCUCGUACGGAAUCCGGUUUGAUCACGAUGAUGAUGAGAGCGCCUAGGGUUUUUCACAUCGGAGAAUGCGGAGUCCAUCAUAAGAAGACCAAUUGUGAAUCGACCGCUGUGAUAGCAAAGGUUCAAAACAUUCUAAAAGCUGCCCAAGAACAUCUUUUUCCUACUCAAUUGACACUUACUGUAGCUGGUACUGCGAAAAAGACGAAACUUAGAAAAGGUAACGGCGGAUGGGGCGACACACGGGAUCAUCGGCUUUGUUGGAACAUUACUGUUUAUCCGGAUCUCGUUUUACCGUGAGAUCAAAUCUCUCCACCGAUUUAACUUCCCUUUUUCUUCUUUUUUCUCCAUUAUCUCUUUUAUCUCCUUGCCUAUUUCCUUCUGCCCUCCCACUUCCCCUCCUGUUUCUUCUUUGUCCCAAUUGUUCCAAAAUCUCGUGUGCCUCGCUCCCAUCCCAUUUUUAUCCUUGCAUCGUUCAUUGUUUUAUCUCUAAUGAAACAUGCUCGUUUCCAAGAAGCAAGUUCCUUCGCGUCGACGAGUUAUCGAUAUCGAUAUCCUACAAUUUGUUAUUGAAGUGUAUAAUAUCCUUAGCAGCGUACUUACUUUUUAUGUUCGUACUAAACUUAGCAAUCGAUUAUUGCGAUGAAAACGAGAAGCAUGUUUUGCGUUUAUCUCUCAGCUUUUUAACGAACUUGACCAGUUGGCGAACUCUCAAAAAAUUUUUGCAUAUAGAGAAACACGCUUGUCACAUACUCUAGUCAUUGUAUGCAAUAUGAUAAAUGGAUAUUAUUAUCGAUAUCUGUUUACCAAAUUUGUUAACCAAUUCAAAUAUUGGUAAAAAGAAACUACGAGACCAGCAACAUACUCCGCUCGAGAUGAUCCAGAUUUAUAAACUUGGAAAAUCAAGAGCUAACCAAAGCCAUCCACGAGUUGCGAAAUCUAUAUAGAAUACGUUUUAUAUUUGUAACAAGAAUCAACGAAAAAUAAAGGAAUCGACGGAUUUUUCUCCUA